AUGCAUUCGUCACCUGUCGACGUGGAGGACAGCGCCUUCCACGGCGGCGACAAGCUCAAAAGCGAAGCACAUCAGACUGCAUGCCUCGAAGGGAACCCCAGUGCUGAUAUAUCAUCGAGUGCCGAGACACGUCGAAUGUCGACAGUGAAGAGUAGAUGGGGCCUUUUGGCGCUGAGCUUUCAGACGCUUGGAAUAAUCUAUUCCGACGUCGGUACCUCCCCCGUCUAUACAAUGAACGGUUUGUGGCCGGCGACUGGACCCGUGCCGUCCGCGGAAGAUGUGGUGGGAGGAAUCAGCGCGAUCGUUUGGGCGUUGACCAUCAUUCCCUUGGUUAAAUAUGUAUUCGUUGCCUUGAGGUUCGGCACGAGUGAAGGCGAGGGUGGUAUAUUUGCACUCUACCAGGGUCUUUAUCCGUAUACUUCCCUGGGAGUCUCAGAUGUUGUCGCGAAUAUCUCGCCAACGGACCCAUGCAGCCCCAAACCGAUGAGGAAGAGGAGGAUACCGCCUCCUUGUAUGCGUUGGCCGUUGCUUAUAUGGGCCCUGUUCGGAACGAGCCUGACCAUGGCGGAUGGGGUGUUCACGGCCGCGGUCUCUGUGACCAGUGCUGUGGGAGGGAUAGCUGUCGCUAAACCAGAAGUUUUCAACUCUGUCGUCCCUAUAUCUAUCGGUUUCCUUCUCGUGCUAUUCCUCGCACAACCUUUCGGGACGCACAGGCUCUCCGUCGCAUUUGCUCCUGUUACGGGUAUCUGGCUCCUCAUAAUCGCCGGUUCUGGCAUCUGUAAUAUAACACAGUACCCUGGGAUAUGGAGGGCCUUUGAUCCGUCGAGGGCUAUUAUGUAUUUUGUGAGGACAGGAAACUAUGAUCUGCUCGCCGGGGUUUUGUUGGCUCUGACGGGUUGUGAAGCCAUGUUCGCGAGUUUGGGCCACUUCAAUAUGCGCUCUAUUCAGAUCUCCUUCUCCACAAUCGUCUACCCCUGUCUCAUCCUUGCCUACCUAGGUCAGGGAGCAAGAAUCGUCGUGGAUGGAGAAGCCGUCAUGUCCAACAUUUUCUUCCUGACGGUGCCUGGAAAGGCUAAUGGGCCUCUCUUCUGGGUCAUAUAUGUAUUCGCUAUUCUGGCAACGCUAAUAGCUUCGCAGACGAUGAUCACAGCGACGUUCAGUCUUAUACAACAACUGGUCAACAUGAAGAACUUGCCUGCUGUCAGGAUGGUGCAUACUUCCAAUACGAUCCGAGGUCAGAUAUACGUACCUGCUGCUAAUUGGAUUUUGAUGACUGCGACGAUCAUCGUCGUUGCCGUCUUCAAGGACGCGACACAAUUGACAAACGCAUACGGGUUCGCUGUGUCAACGGUAAUGUUUACGACUACGGUCCUGAUCACGAUCCAGAUAUCAUACGUGAAACAACUGCCUAUUGCUGUAGCGUUAUUGUAUUUUGUGACGUAUGGGUUCUUUGACGGCCUGUUCUGGGGUGCGUCGUUGAAGAAGAUACCGGAAGGAGCUUGGGUACCGCUUAUGAUGGGCAGUAUUCUGUGGAUUUUGAUGGCAUUUUGGGAUUGGGUCAAGGGACUGGAAGAGAAAUUCGACGGUUCUUCUCGCCAAAAGCUCGAGAAACUCAUCGUUCGCGGGAGGGAUCCGUCAAUCGGCCAGGAUAUCGAUGACGAGGGUCGGGAGUCAGAUGUGCAAAAUAUAUUGAGGGAGGUGACAAAAUAUUUUCUGGUUCAGACUGGUGGCGAGGUUGGGAGUAAGCCAUGGGGUAGUGAGAAAACGGAGUUGGUGAGGUUACCCAUCGUCGGGGUAUUUCACAAGAUGGCGAAUGAGAGGGGAGUUCCGCAUUCAUUUAUAAGCUUCGUUCGACAAUGGCCUGCUCUACCAAAAGUGGUGAUAUUCCUUUCCUUCAAGGUCCUGCCCUUGGCCCGUGUCCCGAUUGAAGACCGUUAUACCGUGGAGACGGUAGACUUGAUCCCCGGUGUAUAUAUUGCGACAUACCACGUAGGCUUUAGGCAGGGAUCACCGGUCGAAGUUUCUGAGCUCGUGGAGCGUAUAUGUGCUCUUGAAUCUCGAUCGGACCCAAGGGAACUCAUCUCAACCGAUAAGAAUAUUAGUGCCGUCAGUCAUCGCUAUACCCAUAUCGUUCCCCACUACGAGAUUAUUAGCAAACAAACCAUGGGUGUAGGACUGCUUUCUCCGGCCGUGAAUUGCGUUAGGCGGUUCUUGAUCCAGGAUAUCUAUGGAAGGCUAUGUGUUAUGUUUCCAGAGGCGACGAACUGGAUUGCUACUUCCGACGAGUGA